AUGCGUAAUCUGGGCCUACACGACAGGUCUCUGUACUUGUUUGUUUUUGUGACUACUUUUAUGGUGAGCCAUUUUUAUUUCUGUAAAACGUAUUUUAGAUUAUUGCACUCAUAUAUGCCCUCUACGAAUAUCUUAAAAGAAGACGGAAAUCGUUGAUCCAAGCCAAUGAAAGGGCAAAAUCCGAUGAAAGUCAACAAUCCCUGAUUAAAAAUUGGGUUAACUUCCAUCAAGGACACCUUAGUUAUGUAUCUCAAUGGAGUUUUGAGGAAGAAUGUAUGACCGUACCGGUAAGGGGUAAUAUAUUUGCUUGUUUUUACAAUAAAAGUACAAUACCACUCCCAUUAAUCACAUAUAAUCUGUUUAGAAUCAGCAAACCCCCAAAUUAAACAGGAUUACGGUAGUCUAA